AGAGUUAGACUGGUUUCUUAUUAAGUGUAGUUUGGUUUUUUUUUCCAUUUUUUAUAAUUCUGUUGAACAGGAGAAUUAAUAUAAAGAAUGGAUGAAAAAACAUGUAAAAUUGUCAAGUUAAGGGAAAACUCUUCAGUACCAGAGGUAGUAAAUACUGGUAAAUUCCAAAUAACAAGCGACAUGAAGGCCAUGUACGAUGAAGAAGGAGUUAUUUGCGUCAGGAACUUAUUUUCGAAAGAAGAAAUAGACCAUAUACUGAAAGCAAUCACGGCGACAGAUGAAAUUACUGGCAAAAGUUGGGGUAGAUCGGACGGUGAAGGAAGAUCCGUUAAAUUAGCUUUGUGGAAGCAUCCUGGCAAUGAUGUUACCGGAAUGGUGGCUAGAUGUAAACGCAUAGUUGAUACCUGUGAAGCUUUAUUGGGAGGCGAGGUAUAUCAUUAUCAUACAAAAUUAAUGAUGAAGGAUGCGAAAACUGGAGGAAAGCAUUUAUGGCAUCAAGAUUACGGAUAUUGGUAUAAGAAUGGUAUGCUCAGGCCCGAUGUACUUACAGUUUUUAUACCUCUUGAUGUCUGCAACAAGACAAAUGGCGGCCUUCAAGUUGUACCGGGAAGUCACAAAGCUGGUAGAAUUGAACAUCUCACCGUAGCUGAGCAAACAGCCGCCAAUGAUGAAAGAGUACAAGCUCUUUGUGAACAUUUUGGAGGCAAAGUCUAUACCGAUUUACAACCUGGAGACACUCUUUUUUUCCAUUCUAAUCUUUUACAUACAUCGGAUAAGAAUGAUAGCGAUAUGAGACGAUGGUGCUUCCUAACGGCGUAUAACAGAGCUGAUAAUGAUCCUAUUUACAAGCAUCAUCACCCAAAUUAUACACCAUUGAGCAAGGUGGAAGAUUCAGCUAUUUUAGAAUGUCAAAAUUUUACGGAUAUGUCUGGAAAAGAAUUCCUUGAUCCAAAAGAUUAUGACCAGCAUUUACGAUUAAAAAAGAGUGGAUAUCAUUGA